AAUUUUUAAUUUUAUAUAGGUAUUUCAUGUUCUCAGUUUUAUUGAUCUAAUCAAAGUUUGUGAUAAAAGCAACAUGCAAAAAUAAACAUUAAUACAUGGUCGAUUUAAUUAGAUGGUGUUGGAAAUAAUUUUUAUUUGCGAAAAUGGAUUUCGAAAGUCCAGAUGUUGAAAAGGAUUUUCCUGGCUUAUAUGCCUCAGAAACUGGACGAAAAAGCAAUGAAAGUGAUUUCAGUGAUGGUGGUGAUCACGAGAAGCCAUCUAAAAAAGACUUGUUAGGCCGUAGAAAAGAUAAAAAAGAGAAAAAAGAUAGAGGCUACGCAGCUUUGGAAGGUGAAAGUUCUCCAGAAGAGGAUACAGACACUAAAAGUCCCUCAAAAUCUAAAAAAACAAAAUCCUUCAAAUUUCCCUCUAAGAGCAAAGAAAAAAGGGAAAAGUCAAGAGAUAAGGAGAAGGUCCUUGAAGAUGUUACUAAACAAAAGGAAUUAAAUGAAAAAGAGAGAAAGAAGGAGAAGGAAAGAGAGAAAGAGAAGAAAGAAAAGGAGAAGCGAGAGAAAUUAAGAGAGAAGGAUAAGGAGAAAGAAGAAAAGGCGAAAUUUAAAUUGGAAUCAAAGGAAAAAUUGAAAGAUGACAAGAAAGAGAAAGUUAAAGAUAAAGACAAAGAAAAGGUUAAGGAUAAAGAAAAGGAGAAGGUGAAAGAAAAAGAUAAGGAUAAGAAAGAUAAGAAGUUGACGAAAGUUCCGUCGACGGUAACUACAGGGGUGCCUUUUGAAGAAAUUUUUACCCUUGGAGUCGCUCUGCCAAUAUUCGGAGUACCACUGCAGCAAUCCGUGGAACGUUCGAGAUGUCACGACGACACUGGCCUGCCUCUGGUCGUGAGGGACAGUAUCGAUUAUUUGCAGGCGCACGGUAUCAAAUCAAACCAAAUGUAUCGCACAGAACCCGACAAAAUAAAACUACAGCAACUACGCAAACUGUACACAGACCGCGGACCAACAUUCCCAUACCAUUGGGAUGUAGCAGUCGCUUGUGCUAUGCUGAAGAGCUUUAUCAGUGAAUUACCCGAAUCUAUUCUCACACAAGAGCUUCACGGGCAAUUCGAACAGGCCACGGCUAUAGCAGAACCACAGCGGGAAGUUACCAUGUUGGCCCUCGUGAACAAACUACCAGCUGUUAAUUACAGCCUAUUGGCGUGGCUUAUGAAACACUUUGAAAGUGUUUUGGCUAAUGAACAGGUAAAUCAUGUGAAUAUUCAACUCUUAUCAAAUGUGAUGGGUCCAGCGUUGAACAUGUCACAGAAUCUACUAUCUUACCUCAUCAGCAAAGCAGAUAAACUCUUCCCAGACGUUCGUUUGACAAAAUACGUGCCCCCACUCCUAGCGAUCCCCCCCGACUUCCCGGACACAGCAAGUGAGAUCAGUUCAGAACUUCGAAAGCAAGAAUCACUCUUGAGCCAAAUACAUUCAGAAAUGCACGCCGGUUUCACAACGCCAGCGAGGGACCAGCAGCUGUGGGAGGCGCAGCGGAUUGUUACACAGCUAAAGAGAAAACUACGGGCAGUUCAGAAAUCCGUUGAGCCGCACUCGUUGUCGACUCAGCAGCCAUCCAUCGACGACAAACAGGAAGACGCUCCAACACAAACAAACGAACAAACAGAAGACGAACAAAAGAAACAAGAAGAAACACCAAGCAAUGAUGCAAUAGAUAGUAAAGAACCAGAUGUACAACAAGAUCCAACAUUCCCUGUAGACUUUGAUUCGCCCAACGUUGAAGCAUUCCCAGUAGAAUUCGAAGAUAAUUUCGACUUCAAACCAGAAACAAAAGAAACUGAACCAAUAGAAGUCAUAGAGAGGCCCAAAUUAACGGAAAAAGAACUGAAAGUACUAAGACUGCAAUUGGAAAACGCGGAAUAUCUUCAACUCAAAUCGCUACUGCAAGCCAAAAUCAACUCGGAACAGUUUGAAAUUGUUAAACUUAGGAGUCAUGUUGCUUUGAAGAAUAAACAAGAAGGUGGUCUACAUAAGGAAAAAGAGAAUUGUAGCCCAGAAGACCAGGAAUUAAAACAACGAUUGAUCAAAGAAAAUGCUUUAUUAGAGCAAAAACGACUCGCUUUAGUAAACCAAAUAUUCCAAGAAAGAGUGGCGUGUAUUCAAUUGAAGAUUGAGCUAGCUAUGAAGGAGAUUAUGUCUAAGUCGUAAAUGUAUUAAUAGUAAUUUAAGGAAAUAUAGAUCUAUGUAUUUAUUGAUUAUGUAAUAGAAAUUAUGAAAUAAAUCGUAUAAUGAAAUUA